AUGGCUGGGGGCACGGGCAACAAGUUUGCCAAUGUGAUCACUGUCGUCGCAGGCGUCGCUUCUCUGGCUGCUACAUUGACUUCGGUCGUGUCGAUCAUUUUCCAGGCAAAGAACUAUCGAAAGCCUCUGCUGCAGCGAUAUGUCGUCCGAAUCCUCCUCAUGGUACCCAUCUACUCCAUUGCAUCCUGGACGAGCAUGGUCUCCCUGAACGCUGCCUCCUUCCUCGACCCGGUCCGCGACAUUUAUGAAGCUUUCACGAUCUAUACCUUCUUCCAGCUCCUUAUCAACUACCUGGGCGGCGAACGAUCUCUAAUCAUCAUGACCCACGGGCGCGCCCCAGUACAACACCUCUGGCCCCUCAAUCACGCGUUGCCCAAGGUCGAUAUCUCCGAUCCACACACUUUCCUGUCCAUCAAGCGAGCCAUUUUGCAGUACGCUUGGUUGAAACCAAUCCUGGCAUUCUCAGCCAUAAUCAUGAAAGCGACAGGCACCUACAAGGAGGGCUACAUUGGUAUCGAUUCUGGCUAUCUCUGGAGUGGGAUUAUAUACAACAUCAGCGUCACUCUUAGCUUGUACGGCUUGGGGUUGUUCUGGGUGUGCAUGCAUCAGGAUCUCCAGCCGUUCCGCCCUGUGCCAAAGUUUUUGUGCAUCAAGCUCAUCAUCUUUGCCUCCUACUGGCAAGGGUUUCUGCUCUCCAUCUUGGUCUUCCUCGGCGCCAUCCCAGACGAUGUACCCGAGUACACGCCUGACAAUUUAGCUGCCGCCAUACAAGAUGCGCUCAUUUGCAUUGAGAUGCCCAUAUUUGCUGCUGCGCAUUGGUACGCAUUUUCCUGGCAUGACUUUGCCGAUAACAAUAUCUCGUCCGCACGGAUGCCAAUCAAUUACGCCUUCCGCGAUGCGUUUGGGGUUCGUGACCUUGUCGAGGACUCGAAAGAGACCUUCAGGGGCGACAACUAUGGCUACAGAGUGUUCGAUUCGGGUGACAAGGUUAUGGCCCAUGAGGACUCGAAAUCCCGUCUUGCGCGACUGCGCGAGGGCAUGCGCUAUGAGAGGGGUGGCAAAGGGAAAUACUGGAUUCCCAAGCCCGGCGAGGUGAAUUCGACAACUCCACUGCUCGGAUCGGGGACCAACAGCGCGGCUGCGGGCUCCAGCCGAGAUCGACCCGACCAGAUUAAUGAGAAUUCACACGCUGGUUUCGACGAGCCCGAAUUGGACGCCGAGGAUGACGGGCUCUUCGAAGCAGCGAGAGAUCUGGAGUACGGCGAUUGGAAUUACCCUGUCAUCACGGCGAAUGAGCCUUUGAGAGAGCGAUACCUCUCCUCAGCGGGAAACUUUGGUGUGCGGGCACCCAAAUACCCGUCGCCUCAGCCACGGCCUACUAGACCCUCGGCAGCAAGCCGUUCAACAACGUCGCAAAGCACUCACCGACCUUCAGGUCCCGAAGAGGUCGUUCCAGUCAAGAAGAAGAGGAAGGGGAAAAAGGCCGUCCAUCACCAUCCGGCACCCAAUGUUUCGAAGCUUGAUCUGGAGGCGGGCCCUCCGCCUAGCCAGGCGCCUGCGUUGCAGACAACUAUCAUAGAAGCUUCUCCCCCCAAGCACCAAGUAGCGGAAACUUUGGAGAACUCGUCCAGUCCGGGCCAUGAUCAGAGUCCAGGGAUUGAAAGUCCCUGGUCCGACGAGCCACGCGAUCGCAACCACGAAGCCGGCAGCCGACACGACUAUCUAUCAGGAUGCCAAGCUCCGGAUACAGAGGAAUUCCAAAAUCACUGGGCUACCGAAGAGACAUCCAAGUGA